AUGUCCAGCACUCUACACAGAUCUCUCAGUGUUCCUCUCUGCAUCACUCUGUACAUCAUUGCUUACGCCAGUCAUGUGGAUGGAUUCACAUUUGGGGAGUGCAAAUUACAUGAGCCAAAACAUAACCAAACAAAAUUUUACUGCUACCAAAAACACCUUGAAAACAUACCUCAAAACCUACCAGUUGUUGCAACAGAGAUAGAUUUGUCUAACAACGCCAUCACUGCAAUAAAGAGAGACGAUUUAAAAAAUCUUGUACAUUUAGAGAUCUUAAACAUCUCUCAGAAUCACAUCUCUCAUGUGGAGAGAGGCGCUUUCAGAAACUUGAUAUCGUUAACCCUGCUGAACCUAACCAGUAACAAUUUGAACAAAAUCACAGAUGAGUUCUUCAGUGGCCUGACUAAUCUAAAAGUGCUUCUCCUGGAAUUUAAUGGCAAUUUAACUAUAGAUCCCUCUUCAUUUUCUGUCUUUUCCAAGCUUGAGUGUGUGAAACUGUCUGGCAAUAACCUGAGAAACAUAACAUAUCUGCAACCCAUAUUCCGGAUAGAGACACUGAAAGAACUUCACAUUGCGAAGAACAAUAUUUCACAUUUUCAGUCAACAGAUAUUUUAUAUUCAUCCCUCCAACUUCAAAAACUAAACUUAUCUUCCAAUCCAAUCAGCAUUUUCAACAUCACAGCAAAUAUUUUCCCCAACCUCACAUCCAUUGAUUUGGCAUUUUGCUUUCCAAAGCCACUUUCAGAGUGGAGGGUGUUUAGUCCAGACUUUUUUAGGAAUGUAAGAAGGCUUGAUCUGACAGGUGCUAAUAUUUCAUUUGAGGAUAUUAAUGUUAUACUGCAAACAUUCAAUAGGUCCCUUGUUCAGCUCAAAAUGAGCUAUGUGCCUUCUGUACAAACAUUUAUAAGAAAUGCUUGUCUGAUUCCAACACUAGCAGAGUUGGUGCUUGAGCACAACGGUAUGACUAACUUUACAGAAACAGGACUUGAUAAAUGCACCCACUUAAGGAUAAGCGCAAACUCAUUGCAAUCCAUCAAAGGAUAUGACUUAAGAGGUCUGACAUCUCUGACUUAUUUAGGUUUAAAUGAAAAUAGAAUUGAAUCAAUUGAUGCAGGAGCGUUUGAUUCUUUAAUUAGAUUGAGAAAACUGGAUUUGCGCUCAAACAAAAUUACAGAUAAAUGCCUCACCCCAGCAGUCUUUUCAGGCCUUCCAAAACUACAUGAACUGACUUUACAAAAUAAUCAUCUCUUUGCAUCAUCACAUCACUCGAAAACCCCUCCUUUUAGUCAACUGCAGUCUCUCCGCAUACUGUCAGUCUUAAAGCAAUCUCAUCAUAAAAGCCAAACUUAUUUACCUAGAAAUUUGCUGUGGAAUCUGACAAAUUUGGAAUCUUUCUGGGCCCAGAAAGUUGUAUUUCAGUCUUUAAAGGUGGACUUCUUCAAAGACAAUACACAGCUCGUUUUACUUGACCUUAGCGAAAAUGAUAUUACUUUUCUUUCUCCUGACAUAUUCUUGCCACUGCGAAAACUCUCCCAACUGUAUUUGAGAGACUGCAACCUUAACACUUUAGACUUCAUUGUGCAAGCAAAACUUCAUCACCUACGCCAUUUGCAGAUCAAAAAUAACCAAAUCAGCUCUGUGAACGAUACAGUUAUCCAGGCCCUUCCCUCAUUAAAGUUACUUGAGAUGAGAGGAAAUACAUUCACCUGUGACUGUUUAAACGAAGGGUUCAUCAAAUGGGUGACCACAAAUAAUUUGACACAAGUACUUGAAGCGAAUACGUUUCAGUGUAAUAGUCCACCAAAUCUGGUAGGGACUGAGCUUCUAAAGUUAGACUUGCAUUCUUGCUCAGUUGACUGGGGGUUUUAUUGUUAUAUAUCCAGCACUUCUGUAGUGCUCCUGACAUUGGUCGCAUCCCUCCUCUAUCACUUCCUACGCUGGCAAAUAAUUUAUGCCUAUUAUUUGUUCUUGGCGUUUCUCUAUGACAAAAAGAAAAAGGAUCCAAAAAAGGCUAGGUUCCAAUAUGAUGCUUUUGUUUCCUACAACCUCCAUGAUGAACACUGGGUCACUGGUACGUUGCUUCCCAAGCUAGAAGGGGAACAGGGAUGGAGACUGUGUCUGCACCAUCGGGAUUUCCAACCAGGAAAAUUCAUCGUGGACAACAUCAUAGAUGGCAUCUACGGCAGCCGCAAGACCAUCUGUGUCAUCAGCCAGCACUACCUGGAGAGCGAGUGGUGCUCCAGGGAGGUUCAGGUGGCCAGCUUCCGGCUGUUUGACGAGAAGAAGGACGUUCUGAUUCUGGUGUUCCUGGAGGACAUUCCGGAAUACCGGCUGUCAGCACACUACCGGAUCAGGAGCCUGGUGAGGAAGCGGACGUACCUCCGCUGGCCCAAAGCCGGAGAGGACACGCGGGCCUUCUGGGAGAAACUAAGGCUCGCCCUGGGCACCCAACGGGACUCUGAGGUGAAUCAUUUCAGUGAUGUCCAGAGUGUCCUCUAGAGCUUGAUGUUUUUUUUAAGUCACUGAUUCUGUGAAGAGAUUGGCUAUGGUAUAUU